CCUGUACUGCACUGUGUACCUCGUGGAAAUUUUCUCCAUUUCCAAAUGGAACCUACCAUUGGACUAGGUUCAAAGGAGCUGAGAGACAAUGGCGUCUGAGAUCAAUGGCAGUGGAGGACGAGGUUCAGACAAGUUCCCUUGUGGAGGAUGUGGGAAAGAGGUCCAUGACGACCAUGAGGCAGUAUACUGUGAGAGUGGAUGUGAGCAGUGGUAUCACAGAGGCUGUACUGGUAUGAGUCGACCUGCCUAUGAUCUCCUGACAGCUGAGGAGUCAGCCGAGUGGGCAUGUGAUACUUGUGUCGGAAGCAAGGCCGUCCCUACCAUCAAAAUGGUCUCCAGGAAAUAAACACUUUAAUUAAUCAAUACUUUUUUAUUUCAUUCCAUUCUUUUUCUCAACUAUUAAUUAUUUUCCUCAUUUAGUAGUACAAAUGUAUAUAAUUAUUAUAACUUUUACUGUAAAUUCGGAAAUUCAUAUUUGUGUCUUGAUCAAAAAAUA